AUGAUUGAACAAGCUUGGAUUAUAAAGGCUCUAGAUGAAAAUAAGCGGUUCCAAAGAUUAAAAGUUCUCAAUCUUAGUCACAGUAACAAUCUAGCUACAUGCCUAGACUUUUCAUGGUUUCCUCACUUGGAGCGAUUGGAUCUUGGAUACUGCAUAUCCUUGGAUAAGUUAGACGAAUCCAUCGGGCAAUUGAGUCAACUCAAAAAUCUUAUUCUUAAAUGUUGCGACUCACUAAAGAAGUUGCCUGAUUCUAUUGGUGAUCUAGACUCUCUAGUCCAACUUGACUUGUCAAGGUCAAAUAUUGAAGAACUCCCAGACAACAUUUCCAUGCUGAGUUCUCUUGUUGAACUUGUUCUUACGGAUUGCAGAUCACUCAAGAAGUUGCCUGAGUCCAUUGGGUAUUUAAAAUCUUUGGUUAAGCUAAAAUUGACUAAUGUUUCAAAAAUUGAGGAAUUACCUGAUGGUGUUGGACUAUUAGAGAAGCUUGAGGUAUUAGAUGCUUCUAGUUGUCCUAAACUAGUGAAGCUACCAAGAUCAAUGGGGAGAAUGAGGUGCAUGCAUCACAUUAACCUGAAACGAACCAGUAUUUCAAAAAUUCCUGAAGAUUUCCCAAUGCAUUCAAACAUAUUUGAGUUGAAAAUGCCUGUGAGGCUUCAAUCCCUCCCGAUAGAUCUGUCACGCUUGGAAUAUUUGAACCAAUUAAACCUUCUUAAGUGUGAGAAGUUGGAAUACCUCCCAGAGCUUCUCUCAAGUUUAGUUCAGCUGUGUUGUGAAGAUUGUUUUUCAUUGGUAAGACUGCCGGAUUUAUCAAGGCUGAAAACUUUGACGAUAUUAUGUCUUGAGGGUUGUAUAAAGUUGGAAGAGAUUCAAGGCCUUAGGGGGAAAACUAUACUUGGUAGAACUCAAUGUCCGAGGAUGCCAUAA